AUGUCCGCUGGCGAUGAAUCAGCGUAUUUGAUAGCCACUCUCGGCGACACCCUCGCCAAGGGGGUUGCAGCGACAGCUGCAGCUCAACCAACAGACCCAGUCGAGUUCUUGGCAUCAUGGCUGCUCAGGAGCGUUCAGGAGCUGGAGCUUGAACGGGAUCGCCGCAGCGAGCGGGACAUGGUGGCGCAGCAGGCAAAAUGCAUGGAGGCCCAGGCCCGCGAUGCUGCCACCAAGGCCGCCGCAGCAGCUGCCAACCGAGCAGCUGCUGUGGCCGCCCUGGCGUCGAUGGCGGAGGAGCCGCGCCGUGUGUGGCAGGCCGCUGUGGACCUGAUCCAAAAGCAGAUUCCAGGUGUCAGCGCGUACGUGGCAAACAUCGUGGGUGCUGAGGAGCCAGAGCAGCAGAUUGCAGGCGACGACGAGGGCGUGGCUGGCGCGGACGAUGCUCCUGAGGAGGAGGCCGGUGGUCGCCCCCGUGCUGCGGCGGGCGUGAUGCUGGUGCUGGCGGGCAGCGGUGCGGCGGCGCACGACGUUGCAGGCGAGGAGGCAGAGGGGGCUGGCGAGGGCGGCGACACGAGCGGCGGGGAGGGCGCAGAGGACGGCGAGCACCCGGGGGCGGAGCAGCUGGCUCGGCCUGAUUACUCCUCCAAGCACCUGUCGUAUGUGGCGGCCAGCCCCGGCCAGGAGUUCAUGACGAAGCUCGAGCUGAGGCGGCGGGCGGCUGCGGCAGAUGGAAGCGAUGGCGCCCCCGCGGAUGGGUCGGCAGAGGGGGUGACGGCUCCUGUGACAUUCCGCAUACUGGAUGAGCACCUUCCGCUGCUAGAGGUGCCGACCGUGGCGCUGGAGCCGCGUGUGCGUUUCCUCAAUGCGCAAGGCCUGCCAAAAAUUGGCUCGUACGUUGCCGCCGCAGCACCCAAGUCGGGGCCUGCAGCCACGGGCGCAAACGCCCCCGCCGCCGCUGGUGCAUCUGCCGGCAAUGCGCUGGCUUCGGGGUCGUAUCACUGCAUCCUGGCGGUGGACACCCUGCACCCAGAGGGCAACGGCCAGCCUCUGGCACCGGAUGACGUCAGCUUUGUGUCUGACGUGGCGCGUGCGCUGGGCGCGGCGCUGGAUGCCAGCGAGGCCGCGCGGCUGAAGGACGCGGCAGGCGGCAUGGCGAGUGUCGAGGCGGCGGGGCCGGCAGCUGUUGCGGCGCUGAGGAAGGCGUUUGAGGAGGUGUUUGCGGCCGCAGCGCCGCCAGAGCCGCUGCCGGAAGUGCCUGAUCCUGCCGCUGAGGGUGAUGACGCCGCCGCUGCAGCAGCCGACGCCGCCAGUCCCCAGGAGGCAAUCGAUGCAGCGACAGCCGCACUGGCACAGCGCAAGGCAGCCGCAUCGGCGGCCAAGGUGUCAGCUUCCAACGCGGAGGUGGUGCUGGGGACGCAGGAGGGAGCGCUUGCGGUGAUCAAGGAGCCAGGUGCCCUGGGUAGCUGGCGGGAAGUCAGCGGGCACCUGGGGCUGCGGCUGUUUGAGGAGCUCGCAGCGUUUGACGCCCGCGCCGACAUUGACCCCGCGCUGUGGAAGAGCGUGCGUGCCUUCGUAAACGCCGCGACGCGCGACCUCGCGGCGCUAGAGACUGAGCUGCCUCAGUCCUGCCUGGGGGUGCUGCUGCUGGCCUGGGUCGAGCAGGUUCGGGCUGUGUCUCGCGCCGCGGCGGCGCAGCGGGCGGCGCGCACGCAGCUGGAGGCGGCCGAGGCCGCAGUGGUCAAGGCUGAAGAGGGGGUGGCUGCGGCGCAGGAGGCGAAGGUCAGGGCGGAUGCAGCCGCGGCCGAGGAGGCGGCGGCUGCGGAGGCGGCAGCGUCCGCAGAGGCGGCUGCUGCAGCGGCGGCAGAGGAGGCCGGGGAAGGCGCUGAGGAGGGGGCCGAGGAGUGA